AUGGCUACUCUUGUUGCUCCUAGGAAUCAUUUUCCACAGGAAGAUGCAGAAGCUCUCUGGAAAGCCGUCAAAGGGUGGGGGACAGAUGAAAAGACCAUCAUAAAAAUACUGGGUCAUAGAAAUGCUUCUCAGAGGCAGCAAAUUAGACUAGUUUUCCAGGACAUUCACCUAGAGGAUCUCGUCAAACGCCUUGAGUCGGAGCUCUCUGGAGACUUUGAGAGAGCUGUAUACCGAUGGACAUUAGAACCUUCAAAACGAUAUGCUGUGUUGGCCAAUGUAGCCAUAAAAAAUGCUAACAAAGACUAUCAUGUGAUGGUGGAAAUUGUAUGUGUGCUUCAACCAGAAGAGCUUUUAAUUUAGGUGUGAGACGAGCCUACCACAACCGCUACAAGCAUUCCUUGGAAGAUGUGGCUGCUCAUACCACUGACCAUGUUCGCCAGGCAAGUCUUUCUCCCUAAUCAUUCUAUCUUGCUUCUAAAGAGAGAAAAAUAGAAAUAAUUACACUAAAUUUGAUUGAAAUUGAUGCUAAAUGCUAAUUAUAUUAAUUUAAACC